AUGCUCCGAGGCCGAUCGCUAUCUGUGACAUCCCUGGGUGGGCUUCCUCGGUGGGAAGCCAGACUCCCUGUGGAGGAUUUACUUCUCUUUGAAGUCGCUUGGGAAGUGACCAAUAAAGUUGGUGGCAUCUACACUGUGAUUCAGACAAAGGCCAAAACAACAGCAGAUGAGUGGGGAGACAAUUACUUUCUGCUUGGUCCAUAUUUUGAGCAUAAUAUGAAGACUCAGGUGGAACAAUGUGAACCUGUAAAUGAUGCUGUGAGAAGAGCAGUGGACGCGAUGAACAAGCAUGGCUGCCAGGUGUACUUUGGAAGAUGGCUGAUAGAAGGGAGUCCUUACGUGGUGCUCUUUGACAUAAGCUAUUCGGCUUGGAACCUGGACAAGUGGAAAGGUGACCUCUGGGAAGCAUGCAAUGUUGGUAUCCCUCAUCACGACCAGGAAGCCAAUGAAAUGCUGAUAUUUGGAUCGUUAACUGCCUGGUUCUUGAAAGAGGUGACAGAUCAUGCCGAUGGGAAACACGCCAUUGUCCAAUUCCAUGAAUGGCAGGCUGGGACUGGACUGAUUCUUUCUCGAGCUCGGAAACUUCCGAUCGCUACGGUCUUUACCACUCACGCCACACUGCUUGGGAGGUAUCUCUGUGCAGCAAACAUCGAUUUCUACAACCAUCUUGAUAAGUUUAACAUAGACAAAGAGGCUGGGGAAAGGCAGAUUUAUCACCGGUAUUGCAUGGAGCGUGCCUCAGUCCAUUGUGCUCAUGUAUUCACCACUGUUUCUGAAAUAACAGCAAUAGAGGCAGAACACAUGCUGAAGAGAAAGCCUGAUGUAAUUACUCCAAAUGGCUUGAAUGUUAAGAAAUUUUCAGCAGUACAUGAGUUUCAAAAUCUCCAUGCCAUGUACAAGGCCAGGAUCCAAGAUUUUGUUCGAGGUCAUUUCUAUGGUCAUCUGGACUUUGAUCUUGAAAAAACGUUGUUCCUCUUCAUUGCUGGGAGGUAUGAGUUUUCAAACAAAGGAGCUGACAUCUUCCUAGAAUCCUUAUCCAGGCUAAAUUUCCUUCUGAGGAUGCAUAAAAGUGACGUCACCGUGGUGGUGUUUUUCAUUAUGCCUGCCAAGACAAAUAAUUUCAAUGUGGAAACCCUGAAAGGCCAGGCAGUGCGAAAACAGCUAUGGGACACUGCACAUUCUGUGAAGGAAAAGUUUGGAAAGAAACUGUAUGAUGCAUUAUUAAGAGGAGAAAUUCCUGACAUGAACAAUAUUUUGGAUCGAGACGAUCUGACAAUUAUGAAAAGAGCCAUCUUUUCAACUCAGCGGCAAUCUUUGCCCCCGGUGACGACUCACAACAUGAUUGAUGACUCCACAGAUCCCAUCCUCAGCACCAUUAGAAGGAUCGGGCUUUUCAACAGCCGUACAGACAGAGUCAAGGUGAUUUUGCACCCAGAGUUCCUAUCCUCUACCAGCCCCUUGUUACCCAUGGAUUAUGAAGAGUUUGUCCGAGGUUGUCAUCUUGGAGUAUUUCCAUCAUACUAUGAACCCUGGGGUUAUACUCCAGCUGAGUGCACUGUGAUGGGUAUCCCCAGUGUGACCACCAACCUCUCCGGCUUUGGGUGUUUCAUGCAGGAGCAUGUGGCUGAUCCCACUGCAUAUGGUAUUUACAUCGUUGACAGGCGAUUCCGCUCACUGGAUGAUUCUUGCAAUCAGCUGACUCAGUUUCUCUAUGGAUUUUGCAAACAGUCACGCCGCCAGAGGAUUAUUCAGAGGAACCGAACCGAGAGGCUUUCAGACCUUCUGGACUGGAGAUACUUAGGCAGAUAUUACCAGCAUGCCAGGCACCUGACAUUAAGCAGAGCUUUUCCAGAUAAAUUCCACACGGAAACCACAUCGCCACCAAUGACAGAAGGGUUUAAAUAUCCCAGGCCUUCCUCAGUACCACCUUCUCCUUCGGGAUCUCAGGUCUCUAGUCCUCAGAGCAGCGAUGUGGAGGAUGAGAAUGAGGAUGAAAGAUACGAUGAGGAAGAGGAGGCUGAAAGGGAUCGGUUAAAUAUCAAGUCACCAUUGUCUCUGAAUCAUGUUCCUCGCGGGAAGAAGAAGCUGCAUGGCGAAUACAAGAACUGA